AUGAAGGAUCCACAGCUACCUGGUACCAAAACACUAAAUAUCUGGGCAAAGCGGCACGCAAAGAAAGGAAAAAAUGAGGCAGCAGCACAACCCGCUCAGAAAGAGGCAGAAGCACGAAAGCCUCCAGUUCUCACACCCGAACAACGAGCAAAGCAGACAGUCUUCGAAAGGGUGCUGUAUGACAUGUCCCACAACGAACGGGUCAUCAAUGACAUCAUUCUGGGCCGCAGGAUAGGUUUCUAUGAUCUCAGAGGAGAAAUAGGGACUGGAAAUUUCUCCCAGGUCAAACUUGCUGUUCAUGAGUUGACCAAAGAGCGUGUUGCAGUCAAAAUUCUUAACAAGGCACGUCUCGACAAGAAGUCGCAGAAUUUAUUUGCCUCAGAGAUCAUGUGUAUGGAAAAACUCUCUCAUCCAAACAUCGUUCGUCUGUACGAGGUUCUUGAGACGGGUAAGCAUGUGUACCUCGCUAUGGAGUACGGCAGCGGAGGAGAUCUGUUCUCACGCAUCACCACCAGAGGACGCCUGUCAGACCUGGAGAGCAAACUCAUCUUUGCCCAGAUCGUCUCAGCCAUUAAAUACAUGCAUGAAAUCAACAUCAUCCACCGUGACCUGAAAGCUGAAAAUAUUUUUUACACCACAUGCUACUGCAUCAAAGUGGGCGACUUUGGUUUUAGCGUGUUCAGUGACCCCAGCGAAACUCUCACCACGUUUUGUGGUUCCCCUCCAUAUGCAGCUCCUGAGCUGUUCAGGGACAAAAGCUACGUGGGCCGUUAUGUGGAUGUCUGGGCGCUGGGCGUCCUCCUGUACUUCAUGGUAACCGCCACCAUGCCUUUCUUCGCCGACAACUUAGGCCGACUGAAGCGUUGCAUCCUGCAGGGGGCAUACAGCAUACCGCCCUAUGUCCCGGACUCCUGCCAGCUGGCCAUCAAGGGGAUGCUGAGACCUGUACCUGUGGACCGCAGCACACUGUCACAGCUGAUGAUUUGCUCCUGGAUGCAGUGCAUCGAAUACCCCAAACCCUACCCCACAUUCAGCGGGACGCCCGGCUAUCUGGCUGACCCUGUUAAGAGCCUGUGUGUGGAGGAGCUGGAGGUAAAGUCAGCCCUGAGUGAGCUGGGUUUAAGUGGGACACAUCUACAGAAUAACACCUGCACUGACUGCCGCAGCCCAAUCACAGGAGCCUACCGUAUCCUACUGCACCGCAUCCAGAAGAGGAGAUCCGUGGAGGCGGUGGGAUAUUCAGGUCUCUACCCAGAGGAUUUUGGUAGCAAGAAAUACUGGGCCAACAGCCCAACGGCAAAACACAAUCCUUCCGCAGUGUGUAAUGUCCUGUGAAGACCUUAUUUUGAAACAGAUAAUGUGUUUGAGGCCACAUUUCAGGAAGUGGUGAAUUGAAAUGCAUAUAAUUUUUUUUUUCAUUUUAAGGGUCAGUUUAAUUUACAUUUCUGUUAUUAAUUACUCUCCCUCGUGUCGUUUCAAUGCCUUGAGACCUUCAUUCAACUUCAAAGCACAAAUUAAGAUAUUUAGGAUGAAAUUUGAGAGCUCCCUUAUCCUUCGUAAAUAACAAUGGUUCUGAUAUAUUCAGUCAAGACAAGGAACCAAAAACAUUCCAUGCAACUUCAGUGGUUUAAAUGUGAUCAUAUGAACCUCCAAAAACACUUAUGUGUGCCAAAAACUCUAAAAGUAAGUCUCAUGGAAUGUUUUGAUAAUGUUUUUGUUUUAUUUUCUGGACUCUGAUAGUCUCUGGACUGUUUCUGACUGUGGAGAGUUCUCGAAUUUCAUCUAAAAUAUCUUAAUAAAGGUCUCAGGGGGUUGGAAUGACGAGAGUGAGUAAUUAAUAACAGAAUUGUAAUUUUUGGAGGAACUAACACUUUAAUCACAUGUUCACCAUCAAGCAAUGAUCACAAGAUACAUUAGGUAC